CGUUGGUCGCAAGUACAGUGGGGCGUCAAGGACCGCGCAUGCUUCUCGACCACAAGCCGACGCGCAUCGUGCCGUCGGUGGACUCGCUCUCGGACACGAGCACGCGCAUGCCCAAGCCGACCGAGCCGGUGCAUUUUCAUGCGAUCACGGCGCGGUUUGUGAACCACCCCAAGCUCGAAAAGCUGUAUCGGGAGAAGGCGGUGAAGGAGUGGUCGCCGCGGUCGUUCAAGAUCGUGCUCGCCUUCCUUCUACUCUACUUUAUCUUUGUGGCACCGAAUUUGACCAACCUCACGUCGUCCGACCCGUCGAUCCGAGAGCAGUCCCAAGAGUACUUUCUCUAUGUCGUGCCCUCGAUGGUACCGGUGCCCUUCUUGCUCUGGCUCGCGCGCCUCGAGCGCUUCCAAACCUACUACCACAAGAUUUACUCGACGAUCGUGCUCUGCUGGACGUGCUCGCUCAUCGGCGGCGGCAUGCACUCGCUCCUGCGCGAGUGGAGCGUCUACAUCCAAGACGACAUGUCGACGUUGCUCCAAGCCGCGCAAGUCUUUAACCUCACGGCCACGUACACGCUGUCGUCCCAAGGCGGCGUUUGGCCGUACGAGACGAUGCAAGGCACCGGCAAAGACAUUUUGUUCCAGUUUAUGGGCGACAUCCUCCUCCCCGCGGCCACGAUGAACAUCAACUUGCUGCGCAUGAUCCUCAUGUCCGUCUUUGUGCCCCUGCUUCGCAUCGACACGCCCCACGCUGCCACGGUCAGCGUCAUCUCGAGUGUGUCGUAUGGGGUCUUGACGCUGAUCAUUUACCCGCGCACGUCCAACAAAUUCUUCAUCACGAACGAGAUCCUCGUGUGCUGCUUCCCGCUCCUCUUUUCGAUCGUGCUUUUCCUCCAGAACCGCGACAUGGAGCGCAUGUUUCGGCAAGAGUUUCUGCACAUGCACGAGGUCGAAGAGGAAGCCGAGUUUGCCUACCAGCAGCGCGAGGCGAUUGCCGAAGAAAACAAAAAUCUCAAAAAUGAACUCAAACUCGCCAAGCAGCACGAAGGCACGACCAUUGACCUCGAGUCGCCCGUGCACAAGAUCAUUUCGGACCUCAAGACCCUCCAAGAUGAAAUGAAACUCAACGACAGCCAUGGAUUCAAACUCUCGGGCAUCAUUUCGGCACUCUCCAAGCUCGACGCCAACCUCUUCACGCCCGAUAUCAACGCGCAAAUGGGCUCGUCCAACGGCGUCGACGUCGACACAAAGAACUGGGCCAUCUCCGUGCUCGGCAAGAAAGAGUACAACCCCCUCGGGCGCAAACAACCGCUCAGUCCCGACGGCCGCAGCAAGUCGAGCGGCCAUGUGCUCUCGUCUGCCGGGCACGGCGCGGUGUUUUUGAGUCACAUGCCACCGAUCGAGACCACGUCGCUUCAUAAAAUUCAAGCGCGCAUCGCCAAAGACGGAUGGAGCCUCGAUGUGCUCGGCCUCGAGUGCCAUGGCCACCCGGUGCUCUAUGUGGGCCUCGCGGUCUUUGAACUCCAUCACCUCUACGACCAAGUCAAGGUCGACCCGGUUGCGCUGCAGAACUUUCUCUUGUCGAUCGACGAAGGGUACCUGCGCAACCCUUAUCACAAUGCAUUCCAUGCCGCGGACGUGGUCAACUCGGUCAACUACCUUAUUUCGUCGCUCAGCGGCGGCUACAUUCGCAACUUGCUCACCGAGCACGAGUUCUUCGCGGCGCUUGUGGCUGCCGCGAUCCACGACUUUCGACACCCGGGCCGUAGCAACAACUUUAUCAUCAAGGCGCGGGACCGGCUCGCGGUCCAGUACAGCGACAAGAGCGUCCUCGAAAACAUGCAUCUCGCCGAGUCGUUUUUUCUCUGCCAAGAGAACCCCAACUGCGAUAUCUUUAUGCACAUGAAGGACAAGAACUACCGCGACGUGCGCAAGGCCAUCAUUGAGAUGGUGCUCUCGACGGACCUCAGCAUGCACCUCCAGCUCGUCGGGUCGCUCAAAGCCAUGAUCCUCUCGGACGAGAAGCACGACAUUGCCAACGACCCGCUCGUCAUCAUGAAGGUGGUCGUCAAGUGCGCCGACAUUGGCCACUCGGCCAAGGGCGUUCGGCUGCACGGGCUCUGGUCGUCCAUGAUCAUUGAAGAAUUCUUCGUGCAAGGCGACGCCGAGCGCGACGCGGUGACCGACAUCUCGCCCUUCAUGGACCGAUGGGCCGAAAACAGCGCCAAGAACCAAAUUGGGUUUUUCGAGUUUAUCGUGCUCCCGUUCUUCGACACGGUGUCCAAAGUCGUCUUUCCAGACGCGUUCCGACCGAUCCAGAACGCCACGAAGCGCAACUACGCGCUCUGGAAGGAGGCGAGUCGAAGGAACUUGACCGUGAUCCAGUCGAUUCGCGACGCCCUAUUUAGCGACGACAACAUCGUGAUCGUCGAUCCGUCGACCAACACCACGUAGUCGAAUCGGGCGAAUUGAAUGGGACGUUGCGUUUCCUAGUUGAGUAGGCUUGGCCGUCGUAAAUAAAUAAAUCUAUAGUAUAUUCCAUUCGAUA